GAUGAAUGAUGAAGACACUCAUGUGGGAGAUGAAGAAAUGGAGAAAGAUGGGAACUUGAUUCUUUCAUGUGGGGGAGGAUCAGGAUCAUCAACAUCGCAGGUUUGUUGCCAAGUUGAGAAUUGUGGUGCACAAUUUACCAAUUCCAAACAGUACUAUCGCCGUCACAAGGUUUGUGAAGUUCAUGCUAAGGCUCCAAUUGUUGCUGUUGCUGGUCUUUGGCAGCGGUUUUGUCAGCAAUGCAGCAGGUUUCAUGAGAUAUCUGCUUUUGAUGAAGCUAAAAGGAGUUGCCGUAGACGAUUAGCUGGACAUAAUGAGCGGCGCAGGAAGAACCCAUUUGAGAAUCAAGGAGAAGGAUCUGCUUGAAGUAUUAAAAAUUGGUUCUUUCAUUAUUCUUCAUGCUUUUGCCCUCUAUCUUCUGUCAACAUUAUUACUAUCAUGUAAGGUUAUCUAAUAAGUUUCAAGCUUCACUGUGAAAGCUUCUGGUUUAAUCCAGGUUCUUCUCUUUUCCUACUUUGACAAUAAUUACAUCAUAAUUUUUAUUA